AACUUUGUUUCUUCUCCCCGCCCACCUCACCUGCCUCGGCUGGCUUGAGGGGUGGGGAGGAGGCUCCGGGCACCCCGUUAUUUAGUCUUAACGCCUCCCGAUGGGAACUGCAUGGAUUUAGCCAAGAUGAUCUGAUUUGCACAGAAUUCUCGAGAUGACUUCCACAAACACAAGCAACAAAAACAGCUUGUACAAUGAAGAGAGAAAUUUGCUCCGCAUUCAAGCAAAAGAAAGGCGAAAUCAGGAAGCUCAUCAGGAGAGAGAAGCGUUCCCCGCAGAUAUUCCCCUUUUUGGAGCGCCUUACAAGAUUAACAAAGCUGAUGAACUGUCUAGCCGAAUUCAGAAAAUGUUUGGCAAUUAUGAAGAGAUGAAAGAGCUCAUCGUCAACCAGUUCUAUCAGAAUUUUAUAGGGAUCCCUACAAGUGUCAUGCCUCUGCUCCCUCCUCAUAAAGUAGAUCACCCUCUCUUUUCUGAAAAGACUGGUACCCCAUUCCAGAACCACAGCCAUCAUCACAAACACGUGGGACCUCUUAGCUCAGAUGUUCCAGCUGUGGGCAGCUCCUACUCAAAAAUUCACUCAAGGGUGGAGCCAGCCUCACAAAGUGCUGGAUUGUCUAGCUAUCAGAAGCCAGGUCCAGCAAAGAGCUGCAAGACUGAAGGACUACAAAGUGGUAGAUAUCAGCAGAAAAGUAAAAAGUACACUGAAAAAUCUACUGCACCUGAGGCACAACCUUCACUUAUGGAACUUUCUCCUUUAUUGUCUACAUUGUCUUCUCCUGUACCGCCUUUGUCCCCUCUACAUUCCGGCCAGUGUGUCAGUUCCAGAUCCCACAACAGUAAGAUCAAAAAGCAUGGGCAAAGUAGCUCCACAUCUCAGGAGUUCCUGACCAGCACACAUGAUAAUGAAAAUGAGGACACUUUGACCGCUACUGUAGCAGUCAAUGCUCAGCUUUCCAGCCAGGCAUUUCCGUCAUCCUUAUCAAAAACCAGUGCAAUACAACAGAAACCCACUGCCUACGUUAGACCAAUGGAUGGCCAAGACCAGGCUCCAGAUGAGUCACCCGAACUCAAGCCACUGCCAGAGGAAUACCAGGAACGGCCCUAUGGAAAAAUAACAAAUUUAAAAACCAACAUCAAGACCAAUUUGCCCAAAUUGAAAAUACCUGCGGAACCAAUUGAGGUCGGUUUACUAGCUAUGUUUGGUUUGAUUUUGCUUUGGCAUCAAAACUAA